ACACAGAGGGAAAGGGGAGGAGAAGAGGGUGAGGACAAGGUAUGAAAGAAGAGGAUAGAGAGAAGUAGAGGAACAGGGAAGGACAGAGGAACGAGGGAGAGAAGCAGAGGGAGAAGAGGCAGAGCAAGUUGGGGGACACAGAAGUGCCAGUCGAGGGGCUGAAUAGGCAAAACAAGACAGAGAACAAGAGGAGAGAAGCAACAGGCAGUGCUGGAGGGAGAUUAGAUGUGAGCGGAGAGAAGAGAGAAACACACAGAAGAGGAGAAGUUUGGGGGAAGAGGAAGAAGAAGGAGCAAAGGGUUUGUACAAGGGAUGUGACCUGGUCUCUGACAAGCAGCCCCCCAACAAUGGAACCCAAAGGAAGGAAGAAGAUCCAGUUUACUGUGGCGGCACCCCCUGCCCAUCUGGACCCUCGGGCAGUAGAAAUGAUUCGGAGGCGCAGGCCCACCCCGGCCACCUUAUUUCAAGUGUCGGAACCCCAGUCCCCAGAUGAAGAUCCGACAGGGCCACAGAAGCAGCCCGGGGAUGCUCAGCAGCUCAAAAACAUGAGGCCAAAUCCUUACGCUUACAUUCCCCCAUCACUUAAAGCCAUCCAGCGUAUUGUGCAGUCCCAUUUGCAGUCCCUUGGCUCUCUUAGUGACAGCGACGAUGAAGACGGUGAGCACGAAGGAGAAUCUGGAGAAGACAUGGGGCAAUCCACUCAUGAGUCUCCUGGGGGUGAAGAAGGAGAGAGCAGUUUGCAGAGGGAUGCAGCUGAUGAAGUCCAUGUUACUUGUGGUCUAGAAAACCUAAUGCAUCAAACGUUACUAGAGGAGAGGCCAGAAGAUGCAGAAAACAGCCAAGAUUCACCGACAGAUCCAACGAGUGAGAAGCAGGUCGCCUGUAUGACAGAGCCAUGAUGCCCUGGGCAAUAUACAUGCUACAUGUAACUUUUCCUGGACUGGAAGUGAACCAAUGUUUCCCAAAGAUUAACUUGGCCUAUUCUUUUUCUUUCCCAGCAGCUUCUCAUACUCCCACUUGGUUCCCCCAUUCUGCCACUGCAGGGAGAAAAUCUUAUAUAUUCAUGUCCUAUAUCUGCUUACAGAGUAAUAAAUCUAAUUAAGGUCUAGACAUGGGUUGGACAACCUUGAGCAUUAUUGUGUGAACCAGAAGCACAUUUCGCAGUGUUCCCUACCUAACGUGGGUCUACACAGGGAGAAGAGAAGUCCCAACUUCUAGUUCUUCACUAAAGGAAAUGUGCCCAGUGAUACAAACAGACCAUUUGAACUUUUUUCAUUAUACGGUGUAGGUGCAUAGACUGUCUAUUGUGCAGAAGCCCUGUCCAUUUGGCUGAUAAAAUAUAAACAUGGAACAACUUAGACGAAGAGAAGAGAAUAGGACGGUGGAACUUGCUUCACAUAUUAAUGUUCUACAGGAAAAGAAGUAGUGUGAUAAACUGUUGUGCUGGAGCCAUUAAUGCCAGGAUUCCAGCAAAUUCAUCAUUUCCUUGGUAUAAACAGUAUUUUGUUUCAACUUCUGAAUUUCAUUGGCUUUAAGAAUAAAGCACAAGGGAGGGUGGCGGUGUUCAAACCAGCAGUAUUCAUUCUCCCGCAACACUUUAUAAAAAAAGAAAGGGUGGGUGCACUACGUUUUAUUGCCAAGCGUGGGUUACUGCACUCACUCCCCUAUAGCACUCAUACUCAUGUUGAAGGUGGACCACUGCAGUCAUCACCCUACUGGGCCUCAAUUUAUCUACAUGGAGGCACAGAAGCAGGCAGGGUGAGGGUCAGCUAUCUAAUAAUAUAGAAGGUCUUUGUGGGAUUUCUCUAAAUACAUUGCAAGCAAUAAGAACACACAAAUGAGUAUGGGGACCUGUAAGUACCAAAAAUUAUAUUUGAAUGGUCCCUAGCGUUGGUGGAGAACACACCUCAUGUAUUAAGGGUCUUAUGGUCUCUGCAGUCAUUGCUGAUUACAUUUCUGUUACACGCGUGUAGCUUUGAUUAAGGAACGUUCCCUUAUCUUCAGCCUCACACGGGGCUCUGGUGGUUCUAGUAAGUGACCAUUUGUUGCAGAACGUUUUGCAUGCUCAAUCUUGCAGUUUUGUGCGACAAGUCUCCAAUACAUUUAACUUUAACAAAUAUAGAGAAGAAGUGUCAGUGAGAGGAGACAUUACCUUGCGAGAUGGUCCAUUCACAACUACAGCUAAAUGUUGCUUUAAACUAAAUCCCACGGUGCCUGAAACCUCUUUCUAAAAAGUUAAUUGCUUUUUAACUUGAUUUCCAGGAACCUCUCAGGGCGUUUUGCCCAUUUCUGCAGCAGAAAAACUCUUUCAUAAACAAAAGCCCUUUUAUCUGCAGUAGUAAUAUUCAAAGAAUGCUGAUUAUACACCAAGAAAUGUUCUUUGCUACUGGAUAUUAAUUGUCCUCGGUGGAGCAUUGAAGGUCUUUUGGCUUAUACACCAAGAAAUGUUCUUUGCUACUGGAUAUUAAUUGUCCUCGGUGGAGCAUUGAAGGUCUUUUGGCUUAUGCCUUUAUUAAUAGUAACAUUCCAGUAAUCUGUAUCAUUGUGUAGGUCAUUUUUGGGUUAUCAUUAUUAUGUAGAUAAUAAACUCCAGUUUUACAACUUC